GUUGGAGUCGGGGCUGUGGUGAUCGGCGCUGCGCCAUGGAGGUGGUGGAGGCCGCCGCCGCCCAGCUGGAGACGCUCAACUUCAGCGGUGCCGGCGAGGGGCCGGGGGGGCCCCCUCCGGAGCCCCAGAUGCCCAAGGAGGGGGACCCCGAGGCCGGGCCACCCGGGGAAGAGCGGGACCCCGAGGCCGGGCACCCCGAGGAGCCCCUGGAGAAGCCGGAUCCCGGGGAGUCGGUGGAGGCGCAUCCCGUCGGGGAGCAGCCGGACCCCGGGGAGUCGGUGGAGGCGCAUCCCGCCGGGGAGCAGCCGGACCCCCGGGAGUCGGUGGAGGCGCAUCCCGUCGGGGAGAAGCCGGACCCCGGGCCCGGGCAGCCCGUGGGGACUUCGGAUUCGGACUCGGAUUCGGACUCGGACAGCGACUCGGAUUCAGAUAGUUCAACCUCUUCUUCCUCGUCUUCAUCUUCCUCCUCCUCUUCGUCUUCUGAAUCACUUCCUCUGGUGCUGUCAGAUGGAGAAGAUGAUUUACAAGCUGAGAAGGAGAGCAAGAAUUUUCCUCUUAAAACAAAAGAUGAGUUACUUCUUGAUGAACUACCCUCUGUUGAAGAGCUCACUGUAAUCCUGCCUGAAGACAUUGAGUUAAAGCCUCUUGGAAUGGUUUCCAGCAUUAUUGAACAAUUAGUAAUAAUUGAAUCUAUGAGUAGCUUGCCUCCUGUUAAUGAAGAGACUGUAGUUUUUAGGAGCGAUCGACAAGCAGCAGGCAAGAUAUUUGAGAUAUUUGGACCUGUUGCACAUCCGUUUUAUGUGCUAAGAUUUAAUUCUUCAGAUCACAUUGAGAGUAAAGGGAUUAAAACAAAGGAGACUAUGUAUUUCGCUCCAUCAAUGAAAGACUUCACCCAGUAUAUAUUCACAGAAAAGCUGAAACAGGACAGGGGAUCAGAUGCGUCCUGGAAGAAUGAUCAGGAGCCGCCCCCAGAUGCCUUAGAUUUCAGUGAUGAUGAAAAAGAAAAAGAAGCCAAACAGAGAAAAAAAUUACAACUGCAAGGCCGGAAAAGACCCAAAUCUGAUUUUAUGGAGCAAGGUGAUGAUUUUGCUGAAAUACAUCAGAACUGGAACGCCUACAGCUCCGCUGCAGAGCCUGCCAAAGGAUUCCACGGCCGGGAAUUUGCCCGAGGCUCUGCGAGGGCUCGCUGCCCUCCAGCUUGGCACGGGGGGCCACCGCCUCAGCAGUUCUACCGCCCAGAGCACUCAGUGUGCCAGGAGAUGGCAGCGUAUCCGGGUCCUGGACAAGAGACCCCCGUCACGCCGCACUACCCAUUCCCUCCUCCAGUGUACGACAUGCAGAACUUCUCACUUCCCCCGCCGCCGCCGCCGCCGCCACCGCCCCCCACGCUGCCCCCGCCCCCAGCCGUGAACAUGGGCUGGGCUGCCCCAAUGCUUAACCUGCCUUACUCCCUCCCCCCUCCCCCGCCCCCUCCCCCUCCUCCUCCCCCGCCCGCCCCCGGGGAUGGGCAGUCUCAUUUUGGAUCUUACUAUUAGAUGAUAGUAUGCAUUUCCAAAAUAACAAGGACUUUUCAUAGUAUUUAAUAGGAUAUUCUAUUUUUCAAGAGAAGAAAGUAAUUAUGGAGCUAGACUUUUGGAAAAACUGUAAAAUACUAAAUGACUCAGUUUUGGGCUGAUAUGUAUCUGUGUAUAUAAACAGCAUAGAUAGUAUGAGAGAAGCCAGAGUGAUCUCCAGUCGGAAACUUCCAAGUGUUGGCUUACGGUCACAAUGCUAGACACAUAGAAAAUAUUAAAAGUCUGGAUAUCCUACAUGUAUAAAAUGUAUAUUAAACUUAAAUAAAUUUUGUAUUGACACUUCCAUUCCCACUGCAAGGUAGCUCAUUAGCCAACUGAAAAAUUCCUAAAUGAAAAAGGCUUCUGGUCCCAAGCAUUUCAGGUAAGAGCUACUCAACCAAUAAUAAAUGUGAAAUAUGCUAAACACACUAAUUAAUUGUCUUCUUGUUAUAAUAUGAAAUUGGGAGGCUGAAGCCCUAUUGAAAGUCUCUAAAAUAAACUAUUUUUAUGAAA